AUGAGUUCGAACUCCAGUCCUCCUCAUGGCUCUUCAAAGGAUUUUAAUAGUAAAAGCCAUUUACAAUUGCAAGACGAAGAACCUUUUCAUCUUCAGCCUAAGAAACAAAAGCUUUCAACGGAAAGUCCAAGCCUUUACUCUCUUUUCUUUGGGACACCGAAAGAAUCGGAGAAGCCAUUUACACCGCCAAAUCCCGACGUCGUUCCAGAUUUAUCAUUUGUUCUAUCGCCGUGUAAAAGUCUGUAUAGUAUAGUCCGGCAGCCCUUUUCCUCUGCGGAAAACGGCCUGGGUGACAUGGGUAUAGAAGAAUACAAAAAACUUUUGGAUUCUGCGCGUUCAGGAAAAGUGAAUAUAAGGACUGCUUACCGGACGAUGGCUUCAAACCGAGUCGGUCAAGGAUCUCCCUCUAGUUUGUCUUCCGUAUCCCAGUCGUCACGUGACCUCGUUACCACGGCGCAAGCAGCAGGGGCGACAGGGAGAACGUUGACUGUGGCCUCACCCGAUGCCGAUGCUUGGUGCUCCCGUGUGAGCAACACGGCCUACCUCUCCAAGGCCUGGCUCUCCAACCUCGCCUCCACCUUUUCGACGUCCUCUAAUCAACGCGAUAAACAAAUAUCCCAGCUUGAGGCGGAAUUGAAGUUCUGGGAGGCCCAGCGGAAGUUGUCGGAGGCGGCGAAAAUCGAUGAGUUGGAACAGCGCCUCGCGUGCCUCCUGCGAACCCCUCCCGUCCUCGAAGACCCCUACCUGAAGCCCCAGCCCAUCCCCCAGGAGCUUCCCUACAAACGCCCAGAGAAGCACGCUCUUCCCGUUCUCUCAGACGAUCAGGUUGAGUUUGUGAUGAAGACGCUGCGUUCGGCUGGUCCAGACACCGUUUUGGUCAAUAAUUAUCGCCUCGCCGUUACCCAAAGGGAACUCCUCACGCUCACGGGCACUAACUGGCUCAGCGAUAUGGUGAUCAACUUCUACAUGCAGUUGUUGCAUCAUCGAAGUAAAAGGCUCCACGAAAGCAACCCCUCGUUGCCUCGUGUAGCCGUGAUGAACACCUUCUUCUACCCCAAAUUGGUCUCCGGCACGGGUUAUGCCGGCGUGAGGCGCUGGACCCGAUCAAUCAGCCUCUUCGACCAUGACCUUGUGCUAAUCCCGAUCCACGAUCGGGGCAUCCACUGGUGUUUGGCGGCUGGCGAUUUGCGGAAGAAAACUCUCACUUUCUACGACUCAAUGGGCGGUGAAAACGAUUUGUGCCUGGAGACCCUUUUGUCCUAUUUGGACUCGGAAAGUCGCGACAAACGACAGAGGCCAUUGGAGGAUAUGGCCGCGUGGAAGAAAAUCAACACGGGGUCCUCGGUACCGCAACAGAACAACGGCUGUGACUGUGGCGUCUUCCUGUGCACCUUCGCGGAGUUCCUGUCGCGCGACGCGGACUUCAAAUUCUCCCAGGCCGACAUGCCGGACAUAAGGCUGCGGAUGAAGUACGAAAUACUGACCCAACAACUCCUCACAACUGGCACGAACCUGGCACCGAGCUGA